AUGUCUAUUUAUCAUGCAAUCACCUCUUUCUCUCUCUCUCUGAACGAACAAUUAAGGAAGAAGGAAGUUUUUUGUUAUGGCUGCUGAUGUUAGUUCUCUGGUUCGAGUACUCAGUCGGUACAAGGAUGAUCGGACAGCUGGAAAUGAAGCAAAGUCAACGUCGUCGUCGUCUCUUAUCACCCAGGACUUGCUUGGCGGUUGUGUUGUCAGUGAUGACUCUAUAAAGAACGAGUUUCAGGACUUGGACCUCGACUUGCAGGUUCCCAAUGGCUGGGAAAAGCGUUUAGACUUGAAGUCAGGAAAGGUGUAUUUACAAAGAUGCAAUUCACCAAAUUCACCAUCAUCCUCAUCAGACUACAAGCAUCAACAAUCCAAUGAAACAGUACAAAAGCUUCAAGAUUUAAACUUCCCACCGUCACCGUCGGCGUUGCUGUCGCCAUCAAAACCCUUGUUGAAUCUCUUCAACGACUCUUCAUUGGAGUUGAAAUUGGCGUCAUCAUCUCCGCAGUCCUCUCAAAGCGUCUGCACACUGGACAAAGUCAAAUCCGCCCUAGAAAGAGCCAAGAAGGAGCCUCACAAGAAACGAUUUUCAUGCAUGAGCAAUUCGCCAUUGUCCUUAUCUCCUUCAUAUUCAUCGUCAUCUUCAUCGAUCAGAGAUUCGAAAGACAAAGAAGAGGAUACAGUGGAAGAAAAUAAGUGUUUAGCUUGGUCUAUACCAUCUUCCCCCAUGGUUGCAGGGUGCCCUAGAUGCCUUUGUUAUGUGUUGAUAAUGAAGAACAAUUCUAAAUGCCCUAGAUGCGAUUCGGUUGUUCCAUUGCCAGCAAUGAAGAAACCUAGAAUUGAUCUGAAUAUUUCUAUGUGAGAGAGAGGUUGAAGAAUGGUUUGAUAUUAUUCAAUUAAUGUUCUUGAUUUUGGAAAUUAUCUUAAUAUAGAAAAUAUAUUUUAGCCAUUGAGAGAAUUUAAGUAUGUAUAAAUUGAAUGAUCAAAUAAGAAGUACAACUUGAUAACAA